GCAUGUUUUGCUGUAUAUUUUUGUUUACACUUUAAACAAAUUUACCUUAUAAAGAAAAGAGUACUAGUAUUAUAGGUAUCCGGUUUAGUAGUGUUUUAUAUUGCCAUAUCUAUAAUGGCUAAGCGAUAGAGCUUUGGUAAACCUAUCUUCUAUUCUAAGUAGUCAGUUUGUUAUUAUGUGAAUACUCAUACUCAGUGUUUGGAUGUAAUUAGGAGGAUAGCCCGUUAAUUAAUAGAAAUGACGGGGCUAACUGUGUCCGAGCUCGUGGCCGGGCUGAAGUCACGGCACUCGGAGACGAGACAUAAAGCUAUCCGCGAGCUGUUACACUUUGCGAAGACAGACUUGCGGGAGCUGUCCCCGGAGACGUUGGCGCAGGUGCUGGAUGAAUUCAACCAGCAGAUUCAUACGCUCACGUCCAGCUACGACAACAAUGAGAAGAAAGCUGGAAUACUCACCAUUGUAUGUUUAAUUGGAGGCGAUACGGAAACAACAAAAACCAGGACCAUUCGCUACACCCAGUAUUUAAGAAAUGUCUUCCCUUCCACCGACAUUGGCAUUGUUGAGCUUGCAGCCAAAGCAAUGGGGCGAUUAGCUGCCACAUUGGGUGUAAAGAGAGGGGAGUAUGUUGAGCAGGAGAUGAAGAGAUGCUAUGAAUGGCUCUCAGAAGAAAGGAAUGAGGGGAAAAGGCUAUCUGCAGUCCUUAUUCUAAAGGAACUGGCUAUUGCUAUGCCAUCAUGGUUCUACCAGCAAAUUACUAAAUUCUUCAACCACAUCGUGAUAGCCUUGAGAGAUCCAAAAGAUCAGAUACGAGAAGCAGCAGCCAAAGCACUGAGAGCAGCUUUGGUGGUCACUGCUCAGAGGGAACAGCCAGAGCAGAUAAAUAAAAUUCAAUGGUAUUCUGAAUGUUAUGAAGAAGCUAUGACAUCUUUUACUGACCAGCCAAUAAGAGAGAAAGGUCUAAGUAGGGAUGACCAUGUGCAUGGUGCAUUAUUGAUUCUCAAUGAACUCCUGAGAUGUUCCAACUCGGCCUGGGAAAAGCAGUACACAGCCCUAAUGCAGAAACUGGAUGCUGAGCAGGACACAUCUGAUGAGAUAAUGUCUCUGAGCACUAAGAUACAGACUUCAUGGAGUCAGCAACAUUUUGCUGAGGAGAAACAUCAAACUGUUAUCUAUGAGUCCAAUAUUUGUAAACAACUUAUUACUGAAAAAUAUGAAAAGAUUUGCUCAGAUGUUAUGGCACAGCAAAUAUCCAGAGCUCACAAUGUCCAUCAAAUGCUGUUGCUAAUGAUACCUCGACUGGCUGCAUUUAACAGAGAAGUGUUUUCCAAAAGACAUCUUAAAUCCACCAUCAACCACCUGAUCACGUUUCUAAGAGGAAGAGAAAAAGAAAGGGCUAUGGCGUUUACUACAUUAGGCCUCAUUUGUGUAGCAGUUGAGACAGACAUCCAGACAUACUUAGGUAGGAUUAUUGAGAUUAUUAAACUAACUUUACCCCUGAAAGAGACUCCUAAGAAGCGAGUAGGGUCUGACACACCCUUGUUUAACUGUGUGACCCUAUUAGGCUUUGCUAUGAAGGAAAAUGUGGCCAAUGAAGUAAGAGAGCUGUUAGAUCCAAUGUGUGCCACGGGAUUGAGUGCUCAGCUGACAACUUGCUUUAAAGAGCUAAGUCAAAAUGUACCCUCACUAAAGAAAGAUAUUACUGAAAAACUUUUGAACAUGCUGUCUUUAAUUUUGAGGAAAAAACCUUACGCUCCAAAUAGUUCAGAGCAGCAGAUCGUACAUUUGUUAUCUUCAGCAUUGCUGGUUGAGCCCCAUGACGCUAACAAACUAGUCUUAGCGUUACGCACGUUAGGCGCAUUCGAUUUCGAAUGGAACAAUACAUUGAUGAGUUUCAUAAGAAGAUGCACAGAUCAUUAUCUCCUAAGUGAGCAACACGACAUCAGGAUGGAGGCUGUAAAGACGGCCGCGAAACUUCUUAUCAAAGCCAUCGAGCGAUGUUCAGUCACAAACUCGAGAACUCUCCAUAUGCUUAUUGAUGAGUCUUUAGGAAAACUUCUCGCUCUAGGUCGCUCAGAUUUUGACCAUGAAGUUCGAUACAGAGUACUGGAAAUAUUCACAAAUCCCGCGUUUGAUAAGUAUUUGGCUGUAGAAGAACACCUAAGUUGUCUGUUUGUGGCUAUCAAUGACUCCAAUGUCGAGGUGAGCGAACUCGCGCUGUGCGUGAUUGGGAGACUCAGCAACAUUAAUCCGAGCUACACAACGCCCACGCUCCGUCAACUGUUUGUUCAGAUAUUAAUGGAACUACAAUAUUCUGAAUCUGCAAGAAACAAGGAACAGUCAUUGAGAAUGGUCAACAAUAUAAUUUCGCAUGCACCACGAAUUACGAGACAGUUCGUUGACACCAUAUUGAAAGUGCUCGUACCUAAACUUAGAGAAAAAGAAAGCAAUCCUAUAAUGAUUUCGUCUAUUCUUAAAGCCAUUGGAGAUUUAGCGGAAGUGUACGGCGGUGGGCACGCCCUACACCAGUGGCUGCCAGAACUCAUCUCCAUUCAGCUUGAAUUGCUAUCAGAUCCCAAUCAACCAGAGAAGAGAAGUAUCGCUCUGUGGUCAUUUGGCCAAGUCAUCAGUGCUACCGGCCACGUGGUCACACCUUACAUGGAAUACCCUCAACUGAUGGACAUGCUCUUAAGCUUUUUGAAAUCGGAACAGCAGAGCAGGGACAGGCGCGAAACUAUUCGAGUCCUAGGUCUUCUGGGCGCCUUAGAUCCAUAUAAGCAUAAGGUUAAUCAGGGUUUGAUAGAUUUUCAAACAGUUUCGACUUUGAUACCCGCCAUCGACGAGACGGCGACUACUGAUAACUUUGACUUGAACACGAAUGAGAUGUUGGUAAAUAUGUCGCCGAUAGUGCUAGAUGAGUUCUACCCGGCCGUUGUGUUGACAUGCCUCAUGCGAAUCCUGAGAGACCCUUUACUGGCCCAGCACCACACAAGCGCUGUACACUCAGUAACCUUCAUAUUCCAGUCGCUUGGCAUUAAAUGUGUUCCAUACAUAUCCCGUGUCACGCCGAGCCUCUUAUACGUCAUACGCACAACAGAGAGCGCUAACUUCCGUGAAUUCCUCUUCACCCAGUUGGCGCAACUGAUAACGGUCGUUAAAAUACACAUUCGGAACUACUUGGAAGAGAUUUUCGAUAUCAUCAGGGAGUAUUGGACUCCAGACACUCCUCUGCAACCGACGCUGAUAAUGCUCGUCGAACACAUAACAGUUGCCAUAGGAACAGAGUUCAAAGUUUACUUGCGAAAGGUAUUGCCGAAUAUUCUGCGUAUCCUCAGAUACGACAGGAGCAAAGACAAGUUCUUGACUGAAAAACUGCUAUUAACUAUACAAAAAUUCGAGAAUAAUCUGGAUGAUGUACUUUUGUCGAUAGUACCAGCAAUUACUGCUUUGUUUGAUGGGAGGAACAUUCCGCAAUCUGUUUCGAAGCUAGCAAUGGAGACAAUUGAGCAUCUAUCGAUUUACUUGUACUUCAAGCCUUAUUCGGCGACUAUAAUUCAAGCACUAGCCCGCGUUUUGGACACCAACCCGCCGUUGAGACAAACUGCUAUGAACACACUGUGCGCGCUCAUCAUUCAGCUCGGGAGGGAGUAUGUCGACUACAUACCUUCGAUGGAAAGGCUCAUGAUGAAGCACAAAAUCCAAUGUCCACAGUACAUCGUAUUGAUUACGCGAUUGCAAGUGGUUUCUACUCUGGCCUGCGAUGAUGAUUACAUGGACGAAACUCGUAUGCGGCUUCGGAAGAAAGACGUGGUAGCUACGAACGAGAUGCAAACGAUGCAGAAGCUAUCAGUAAACCUGUACGAGCUGCGGAAAAGUUGGGCAGUCAGCAGCCUCAUCACUAAAGAGGACUGGUUGGAGUGGCUGCGGGAUCUGAGCGUCACCUUCCUUAACGAGUCCAAUAGCCCCGCUAUCAGGGCAUGCUCCACCCUCGCCCAAAACUACCCUCAACUCGCGUACGACCUGUUCAACGCGGCGUUCGUCUCGUGCUGGACGGAGCUGGGCGAGCAGUCCCGACGCUCGCUGUCCAACGCGCUGGAGAGCGCGCUGGCCGUGCCGGACGCGCCUGAUGUGGCGCUCGCUGUGCUCACGUUGGCGGAGUUUAUGGAGCAUUGCAAGAAGGGAGAACUGCCGAUAUCGAUUAGGUUGUUAGGAGAUACUGCGAUCAAUUGCAAAGCUUACGCGAAAGCGUUAUAUUACAAGGAAGAAGAGUAUCGCAACAAUCCGUCCACACAAGUGGUCGAAGCUCUCAUACACAUCAACAACAAGUUACAACAGAAAGAAGCGGCCAACGGUUUGCUAGAAAAAGUUAUCAUGCAAAAGAAGGAUGGCGACUGCUCGCUAAACGUACACGUCCGCUGGUACGAGAAGCUUCACAACUGGGACCAGGCUUUGGACCUUUAUAAUAAGAAGUUAGAAGUCGAACCACAGGAUGACGAGUCGAAACUAGGCCUUAUGAGGUGUUUGGAAGCGAUGGGGGAGUGGCGUAAACUUUACAAUAUCACAUCUGACCAAUGGGACACCUUGUCUGAUGAAGUUCGAAAGAAAUCGGCAAAAAUCGCAGCGGCAGCUUCCUGGGGCCUUCAAGAGUGGGACGCUUUGAAGAAAAAUGCUGAUUGCAUACCAGAGGAUACUCAGGAAGGCGCUUUCUACAGAGCUAUAUUAGCAAUCCACGAGAGCCAAUGGCCCGAGUCCAGGCAUUACAUCGACUUGGCCAGGAGUCUUCUUGAUACGGAACUGACGGCGGUAGUUACAGAAAGCUAUCAGAGGGCUUAUGGCGCGCUAGUCAACGCGCAGCUGCUGACAGAACUCGAAGAAGUCGUCACCUACAAACUGGUAGAAGAACGGAGAAGCACUAUCCGUAAAACGUGGUGGUCGCGCCUGCAAGGCGGCCAGAGACUGGUUGAAGACUGGAGGAAAUUGCUGCAGAUAAGAAGUCUUGUUCUAAGUCCGCGCGAAGAUUUCCAAACCUGGCUGAAAUUUGCAUCUCUAUGCCGGAAAACUGGAGCUUUAAAUCAAGCGCAUAAAAUUGUCCUGUCUAUAAUUGGAAGCGACCCGAUCAACAACCCAGAUGUUCUACUCCACACGCAGGAUCCUAGGAUAGUUCUAGCUUACAGCAAGAAUCUUUGGGAAGCCGGUAACAAGAGAUACGCCUACGAUAUUCUGCAGAGGUUUGUGGAUAGUUCUGAACCCGACAAUGAAGAGCAAUGUCGUCUGCUCGCGCGCUGCCAUCUCAAACUUGGGUCUUGGUGCGAAUCCCUUCAAGAGAUCAACGAACUAUCCAUCCCAGAGAUUCUCAGGAACUAUUCCGCUGCUACUAUUCUAGCCCCUGAAUGGUAUAAAGGCUGCCACGCCUGGGCAUGUAUGAACUUCGAGACCGUUCUGUUUUACAAACAGCAAGAUAAUAUGUCCGAAAGCAGCGUAGCCGGUGGCUCAAGCGAGAAGAAAGUAUCCAGAGCAGACUUCAUAAAUACACACACGAUACCCGCUAUUGAAGGCUUCUUCAAGUCCAUCAGCAUCUCCAACGGGAGCUCUCUUCAAGACACUCUAAGACUGCUAACCCUAUGGUUCGAUCACGGCCACAACCCUACAGUUUACGACGCGCUAUUCGAAGGGAUAAGGCAGAUCGACAUAAAUAUAUGGCUCCAAGUGAUACCUCAGUUGAUCGCCAGGAUAGAUUCGCCAAGAAGUUUGGUGGCAAAGCUAGUCCAUAUACUGCUGAUAGAUAUCAGCAAACUGCAUCCUCAAGCGUUGGUUUAUCCGUUGACAGUGGCAACGAAAUCUUCAUUCGUGACGCGUAAGAAUGCGGCACAUUACAUUUUGAAGACGAUGUGCGUGCACUCGCAGAACCUGGUGGAUGAGGCCGCCAUCAUAUCGGAGGAGCUGAUCAAGGUGGCUAUAUUGUGGCACGAUCAAGUGUUUAUUGCGUUGGAUGAAGCGUCAAGACUAUAUUUCAGCGAGAAGGACUACAAAGGCAUGGCGCGCACACUAGAGCGUAUGCACGCCAUGCUAGCACGACCCCCGCAAUCUCUGAAGGAGGUCUCGUUCCUGCAGAUGUACGGGCGCGACCUGGACGCGGCGCAGCGGUGGGGCGAGAUGUACAAGGAAUCCAACGACGACCGACACCUCAAUGAGGCAUGGGACCUGUACUACCACGUGUUCCGCCGCAUCACGGCGCAGUUCCGCUCGCUCGCCUCGCUCGAGCUGCAAUACGUCAGUCGAAAACUGCACUCAUGUCGGGACUUCGAGCUGGCUGUACCCGGCUCGUACGUGCCCAAUGAGAAGAUUAUCAGGAUCUCCCAUAUACACAGUCAUUUGCAAGUAAUAAAGUCGAAGCAGCGCCCCCGCCGCCUCACCAUCCAAGGGUCCGACGGCAAGCAAUACAUGUUCCUCCUGAAGGGCCACGAGGACUUACGGCAAGACGAGCGCGUCAUGCAGCUGUUCGGGCUCGUCAAUGCUUUGCUGCAAGCAGAUACCAACACGUACCGACACGAUCUGGCCAUACAGAGAUACGCCGUGGUCCCGCUGUCGCCCAACUCCGGGCUGAUCGGCUGGGUGCCACAGUGCGACACCCUGUACAACCUCAUCAUCGACUACAGGGACAAGAAGAACGUCAAGAUAGGCCUCAACACCGAGCAGCAGAUCAUGCUGAGAAUGGCCUCGGACUUCCCCAAGCUCUUGUUGAUGCAAAAGGUGGAAGUGUUCGAGCACACGCUAUCCCAAACGCCAGGCAACGACCUGGCGCGCCUGCUGUGGCUGAAGAGCCCCUCCGCCGAGGCGUGGUUCGAGCGCCGCACCAACUACACGCGCUCGCUCGCCGUCAUGAGCAUGGUGGGCUACAUUCUCGGGCUCGGAGACCGACACCCGUCCAACAUCAUGCUGCACCGAGUCACGGGGAAGGUCCUGCACAUAGACUUCGGCGACUGCUUCGAGGUCACGCAAACGAGGGACAAGUUCCCGGAGAAGAUCCCCUUCCGGCUCACGAGGAUGCUUAUCAAUGCCAUGGAGGUAACGGGCAUCGAAGGCACCUACCGCUUCACCUGCGAGGCCGUGAUGCACGUGCUGCACAAGCACCGCGACAGCGUGAUGGCCGUGCUCGAGGCCUUCGUGUACGACCCGCUGCUCAACUGGCGGCUCAUCGACAACGACCGACACUCCCUCACAGAGUCCACCUUCUCGUCCGACAUAGACUCCUCUCUUUCCCUCCCGAGCAGAUCGAGAAACCAUCUACACUACGAAUCUGUCGAAAUACCGCCGGAAGCUAACCUCAACAAGCGCGCGCUGUCCAUACUCAAUAGAAUCAGAGACAAACUGACGGGGCGGGACUUCCCACAGAUUGAGGCGGUGGUGAGCGUUCCAAAACAAGUGGAUCUACUUAUUAAAUUAGCCACGAAUAAUGAGAAUCUAUGCCAGUGCUAUUUGGGGUGGUGUCCCUUCUGGUAGUUUUGAAAUAUGUAAAUAAUGGUUAUCCUGAGAUCAUGCCAUUAUUAUUUUGUAUAAAUAUA